AUGCCCUUUUUGAAGCCAAGCCCCGGCGCCACCCACGCCACCCGCCACAGACCGGGCGGGCAAGUGUUCCUCCAAGCCCACGGCCGGCCUCCCGGCCUCCUACCGUUCCUCCUCACGAUAAGGAAUCACAGGACGCCUGGGUCCCUCCGCGAACACCCAACAGCAGACACAAAUGCUCGUUUCCCUUGCAAGAUCCUGCAGUUGCAAGUCACAAUCACCCGUUUCACUUUCCCUGAGACUGUAGCCUCAAAGUCUCGUAAGAGAGGUCCCCCCCCCAAGGGCGCCCGCGGUUGCCCGAAAGAAAGGACGAGCACGUUGCCCCCCCCCCCCCCCCAAUCUUCACUGGGAGCACUUCCCAAGGAGGCCCGGAAGAGAAAGGCUCUCCCGAGGGACGCCCACGGAGGGAGGGGAUCGCGGCGCCCGACCGCUGUGGGCGGCGGGGAGGGCGCUGAGGGCCUGAAGGGAUGGGGGAGGGUAGCGCGCCAACCAUGUAAACCUCCGUGUGUCAUGUGUAUCUACACCCAUGUACGUACACCUCGGAUCCCGUCGCUGCCCUGCUGUUCCUGCCGCUCCCUGACCAUCUGCUGCUGCUGCUGCGCCUGGACCGCCUCCUGCUCCUGCUGCCUGCGGCCUCGCAGCUCGGCGUCGUCGUCCGCCCCGGGCACGGCGGCCGAGUCGCGCGUGUGCUCGCUGCCGCCCAUCUCGGGCGCGAGCGCGGACGCCGCCGACGCCCGCCUCGGCACAAGGAGCAUCCAUGCCCUCGCCGCCAGACGGCGCGGCAGCAGGGCGUCGGGCCCUUCGAGUGACCGCCUCGGCUCCAGCGACGCCCUGGACGAGCUCACCGACCCUGAUUCCCCGGGGGGCCUUCGCCUCCUGCGCAGGAGGUCCAACGCCCCCAGCGACGACGGCGUCUCCCUGCUCAGCCUGCGACUGGACAGUCCUCCGCGCAAGGCCAG